CUGUCGUGAAAAUUCCAGUUUGCUUUACGGCACCGCAUAAAAUGCUCUAUUCUGUGUGUCCUUGUUGACAUGUGCUUCGAGGGUGAAUAAGCGAUUAUUUUAUUUUUUUGCAUUGUGCUAUAAUGGCAUUAACAGAUUCUAUAUGAUUUUGAAAUGUUGUUUUGGGAAAUUUAAUCUAGCUAUAACGUUCAGGUCGGGUUAGCUAUUCUGGAUAUUUCCCCUUGAGUGAGAUUAGGAGGGUUUUUGCAAUGCCUUCGCCUUUCAUCACCAGGGUGACAGUCAUCGUGCAGAGGUACCGGUCUGGGCUGCUCCUGGCUGGAUGUGGCGGCCUUUUCUCUGCUCACUUGCUCUACCACGUGUUUCCAGAGCAGACAUACAAAAAGGUGUACCAAGCAUGGCAUAAAGGACAACCUGCUAGUCUCUCUGGCAAAUUGGAGGACAUGUUUCAGGGUGUCCUGAGGGACAUGAACAUCUCUCCACAGGGUUACAAAGCAUUUGCAGCCUACGGCUUCCACCCCAUUGGGGCUGGGGUACCGUGGCUGCCCUCUGGGGCACUGGUCGGCCUUCCAGCUAACUUUAACAGCUCCCCCGAUGACAUGGUGGGCAUCACCAACCGUGUGGUCCUGAUCAAUGGUGAGCCAGUGGAGUGGGACAGUGCUGUUGGCAAGGCCUUGAAGGAAGCACUGAUGCUGUCACCUGAGGCCCAGCGGUUUGGCGUGGCCAGGGAGGUGGCACGCCUGGAGAACGGCUGCCCAAUCCUGCAGGCUGUGGUGGCCCCCGCCUGUCUUGCAGGGGCUUGUGCCUACGGGGUGGGCAUCAAGCAGAUCUUUGGGCUAUAUGGUGGCUCGGCACUGCUGCGUGGUGCAGUAACCCUGCUGGCUCUGGCCUUGGGGGGGGUGUCCUAUAUCCUGGCGUCCGACACUGUCAGCCAAUGGCAGGAGUACAGCUCAGACCGCCGGGCUGCCAGCCUGUCGAGGGACUACGCCAGGGGUGGCCUGGAGUUUUACGACAAGCUCCUCUCCAGGAACAGAGUCCUGCGGUUGCUGAUGGGCCCAAAGGGUGAGGAGAUGUACGCCCCCAGUGGGAACCUGUUCCCUGGCAGUCUGCUGCGGUUGAAACAUGCACCCUACACCUCCAGGAGGGAGGGGAUUGCCAGCCUCCUGAAGCAGAUGGAAACCUAGAAGGGAACAGUCCAAACAGCCUGGGUUCCAGUUUAAGGUGAAACUGGCCAUGUCACAUCGCCAUAGAAGCGGCGCUGACGUCCACGCCCUCCAGCACAAACGCUCCGCCAAGCUGUCUCUUAUACAGCUCCCUAACAGACAGUGGGCUUUUACAGCUCUGCUACAAGACGAGGAAUGCGGGAGUGUCCAAGCAGCGGAAAGAAAAAUAUUCUUGUGAUAAAACAUCAUUAACUAAAGAUCUAUGAAAGGGUUAAGGCUGCGUAACUCGCACUUAAGUGAAAUUCACUUGUUACAAUAAUAGAUUUGAAACGUGAGGUGGCUUCAUUUAUAUGUUUUUUUUUUUGUUUCAGUCAUAUCAUUUGCUUAACUUUAUUGAGCAAACAGGUUCAAUACCCUUUUGUUUGAGCAAUCAUUAAAUAAAAGAAACAUUUAAGUAAAAACAUA